AUGCAAAUGAAUCCUGUUUCGAAGCUGGCUCUGUGGUUAAUACUUCUCGGCUCAGUUCUUGUCUCCUUUGCGGAGCUUGAUUAUGGUCAUUGCGAAAGAGUUGUGAAAAAGUGGGCAGAUUCUUCUUCAUCUUCUCGUGAAGAGCAUGUUAUUAACAAAGACAAACGCUCGCUUCAGGAUUUGCUCUUUUUCCUCCAUGUUCCCCGAACUGGAGGCAGGACAUAUUUUCAUUGUUUCUUGAGGAAAUUGUAUGAUAGCUCUGAGGAAUGUCCUCGAUCUUACGACAAGCUCCACUUCAAUCCAAGGAAGGAAAAGUGCAAGUUGUUGGCCACACAUGAUGAUUAUAGUUUGAUGGCGAAGCUUCCGAGGGAGAGAACCUCAGUGAUGACAAUAGUUCGGGAUCCUAUUGCGCGUGUGUUAAGCACAUAUGAAUUUUCAGUAGAGGUAGCAGCUAGGUUUUUGGUGCAUCCCAAUCUAACUUCUGCAACAAGGAUGUCUGGCCGCAUACGCAAGAAUAAUGUAAUAAGCACACUAGAUAUAUGGCCAUGGAAAUAUCUGGUUCCAUGGAUGAGACAAGACCUGUUUGCUCGGCGAGAUGCUCGAAAACUUAAGGGCGUAGUUAUCAUUGAGGACGAUAACCCGUAUGACAUGGAGGAGAUGCUUAUGCCUUUGCACAAAUAUCUCGAUACGCCUACUGCUCAUGACAUAAUUCACAAUGGAGCGACAUUUCAGAUUGCAGGAUUGACAAAUAACUCCUAUUUAUCAGAAGCACACGAGGUCCGGCAUUGUGUGCAGAGGUACAAAAGCCUUGGGCAGCCUGUUCUCCAAGUCGCCAAGAGAAGGUUGGACAGCAUGUUGUAUGUUGGACUGACUGAGGAACACAGGGAAUCUGCAUCACUUUUUGCCAAUGUAGUGGGUUCGCAAGUGCUUUCUCAAGUGGUUCCGUCAAAUGCAACUGCGAAAACCAAAACUACUAAAUCAGAAUCAGGGUCGGGUAAGAGUGAAAUUCAGAAUGGUACAUCUGAAGUUGCAUUGAGUAAGAUGGACGUUAAGAGUGGGAAUAUGACGGUAAAAACCCUUAUGGAAGUCUAUGAAGGCUGCAUUUCUCAUCUACGGAAGUCCCAGGGAACAAGACGGGUCAACUCCUUGAAGAGAAUUUAUCCAGCAAAUUUCACGAGAGGGACGCGUACAAGAGUUCCAAAUGAGGUCAUUGAGCAGAUCAAAUCUCUUAACAGCCUUGAUGUGGAGCUUUACAAGUAUGCAAAAGAAAUAUUUGCCAAAGAGCAUGAACUAGUGUCGAAGAAUUUGGUUUUAACUUCUAAGAGAAGCAUCGUUGAUCUUCCGAAUGAGUUAAGGAGCGUUUUCGGAGAAAUGAAUGAUGAGAAGCUAUGGAAGUUCGUUUCAUUGGCAUUGAUGCUUUUAUUGCUCUUUCUCUUCUUUCUAUUUGUAAACGCUAGAAGAAGAAAAACCUCUAAGGUUAAGAUUUGA